AUGGACCUUCUGCAGCUUCCUAAGAGUCGCCAAGGCUCCCAGUACCUCUUGGUUUGCGUAGAUCAUUUCUCUCGUUUUGUAGUUUUGUUCCCGGUAAAAGCUAAGACAGCUCCUGUGAUUGCACAUGCACUAGUUACGCACUUGUUCUGUCCUUACACCACUCCACGUGUUCUCCUUAGCGAUAAUGGCACGGAGUUCAGAAAUGCCUUGCUAUCGGAGAUCUGCGCUAAGUACAACAUCGAACAGACGUUUACUGUAGCUUACCAUCCAAGUUCAAAUGGCCUGGUAGAGAGGGCAAAUCGUAAAAUCCUUGAAGCCCUCCGUCAUGUUGUCACUAGCUUAUAUGACAACUGGGAAGACUGGAUUCCUCAGGUUGCAGCUUGCAUUAAUGGUUCGGUAUGUGAAUCAACUGCGAAAACCCCACACUACAUUCUCUAUGGAGUAGAUAAGAGAUUGCCAUACGACUUGUUGACGGGUCCCUCUAAGCCUGUCUAUAACAUAAAUGACUACUCUUCCCAGCAUCUGCGAGUUUUCACAGACAUACAUAAAAAGGUUAGGGAGAAAUUGCUUGCUUCUAGGAAUGAGAUGAUGCAGCAACAACACAAGUGUGCAACUCCUAUCAUCUUUAGAGUAGGAGAUAUGGUAAUGGUUCAAGCGCCCCCGAGGGAAUCCAAAUUGUCUCCUAAGUUCAUGGGUCCGCGCUUAAUUGUCAGCGAGGGUAAUGGUAACAAGUUUGCAGUUUUUGACCCAGCUCUCAAUGCUGUAGAAAUGGUUCACAGUGACAGGCUCAAGAUAACUAAGGCUUCUGAUCCAGCUUUGGAUAGUCACCAGGCAAUGGAUGAGGAUGUACAGGAUUUACGUGAACGCUACAAUCAUCUUGUCAACAUUGCAACUACUAAUAGACGAGUCAUUAAUAUGCACAGUAAACACAUUGCUAGUCUGGAAUUACAUUUGAAAGAUCUCCUUGGCCAUACCAAUCACCUUCGUAGUGUACUUAACGAUGCAAUAGUUCGCAUAGCUGAAUUGACGGACUUUGUUCUCGUAGAUCAGUCACUGGAAGUUUUAGAAUCCGCUCUAGAUGCCAUGCUUUCCUAUAAUUCUGUCCUCAUCCAAAACCUUGUUAAUGUCAGCCGGG